AUGUCAGAGUCCGCUUCACCAGAAACAGGAGACUUGGUAGAUUUCUCAUCAGGCACGGAGGAUGAGGAGGAUGUCUCUUCGACUACACCAUAUUUGGAUGACAUUACAAAAGACGAGCCACCCCCAGAAGGUGAAAACGUUCCCGAUGAAAGAGAAGAAACGCCGGCUGUCGAAGAUCCAGUAUCAGAGCAAGUAGAAUCGGAAGAAAAACCAGAAGAACCAGCCACGAAAGGUGAGAUUGGCAGUUGUGGCUGAUGGUUGUACAUGUGUAUUUAUGUACUGUAUUAAGGAGAGGUAAACUUAUUGAACUGGUUUGCGCGGAUGAUGUAAAGUAGUAGAGCUAAUUACAUUUGAUUUUUGUUGUAACUUUGCAAAUGUAGCUCGAGGAAGAAAAUAAAAAUUUAUUCUAAGAUCAAUUGCCGGCAAGCGAAUGAACAUACACUGAAGAAGUUUUACUUCAGAAGGCUGUGAGCUAAUAAUAGCCUGACAAGGUAUUUGCUGGCGCAGAUCGUGGUCAGCGGCGUGGUGGGCCGGUUCAGUUUGAAAAGGAAGAGGAAGACCUUUUUGGUUUGGAUAAGUUUCUUACAGAGGCUUAA